GUCUUCCAAUCAGAAAUGGACCAAAAACGGCGGCUAACGACGACCUUCCUAAUUAAGCUUAUGGUCUGACCGUGGUCUAACCGUUUACGAGACGCAAAGGAUCACGGCUUACCAGGCAGCUACAACUCCAUUUAUAACAAAUGUUAACAAACUCUCCUGUAUACCAAGUUUGCAAAUUCUCUCAGACCCAGGACAAUCACAGAUUACAGACAAAAUGACCCGACGGCUCAUUGAAAGACCGGCCUACAUCCACUCCCCAGCGAUGGGCGGUUCCUUCAGACCAAACUACGCCGACGGCCCUGAACCCCCUUUCUCACCCACCAAAAAAACAACACUUGUCAUCAUAAAGACCUCCCUCCUCAUCCCUGGUGACGGUGAACCCCUCAAAGAUGGUGCCCUCGUCAUCUCCUCAAAGGUGAUUGCCUGGGUCGGACCGCAGUCCUCCCUCCCCUCCGAAUACACCGACUCGCCUCACAGAUCCUACACGGUGCCUUACCUUAUGCCGGGCCUCUGGGACUGCCACGCUCACUUCGGCGGCGAGUCACCCAAUGACGACGGGGGCAACGACCCGUACCAGGUCUUCAUCACCGAGCACCCCGCCGCGUCCGGCGCACGCCUCACGCGCGGGUGCUGGCUGGCCCUGCAGCGAGGGUACACGUCCCUUCGUGACGUGGCCGGUCUAGGCUGCGAGAUCUCUCGUGCGAUCGAAGACGGCAGCAUCGUGGGACCCAACGUCUACAGCUCCGGAUCGGGUCUGAGCCAGCUGGCCGGCCACGGCGACAUCUUCUCCUUUCCCGCAGGCGACGUCCUCCUCAACCUCGGCGUGUCGCAAAUCUCACCGGGUCACUUUGGAACACAUACGACCAUGAUCGUAGACGGGGUUGACGAGUGCCGGCGGGCAGUUCGGCUCCAGAUCCGGCGCGGCGCCAAGUGCAUCAAGGUCAUGGCCUCCGGCGGCGUCAUGUCCCGCGACGACAACCCGAAUUACGCCCAGUUUAGCGCGUCGGAGCUCGAGACCAUUGUGGAAGAGGCCACGAGACAGAACCGCGUCGUCGCAGCCCACGUCCACGGUAAGGCUGGGAUUCUGGCCGCCAUCAAGGCGGGCGUCACGACCCUGGAACAUGCCUCCUUUGCGGACCGCGAGUGUAUCGACCUCAUCAAGGAGAAGGGCAUCGUCCUUAUCGCCACUCGUGUUGUUGUGAACUUGCUCCUCAGCACGGGGGGCAAGGGGCUCCCUCCUACUGUGUGGGAAAAGGCAAAGUUGGUUGCGACGAACCACAUGGCGGCUUACAAGAUGGCCAUCGAGUCCGGCGUCCAAGUUGCUCUAGGCACAGACACAGGGCCGGGGUUCAACAUGGCGACGGAGCUGGAGUGCGCUGUCGAGGCCGGCAUGAGCAACAUGGAGGCGAUCAAGGCAGCGACGGCGAACGGGCCGCUGAGCGUGGGAGGACAGGCGCCGAAAACUGGACAGCUGAAGGUCGGGUACGAGGCGGAUGUCAUUGGGCUGCUGGAGAACCCAGUGGAAGACGUCAAGGUGUUGCAGAAGAUUGAGAACGUCGGCUGGGUUUGGAAAGGCGGGAAGCUCUUCAAAGGACCGGGGGUCGGGCCGUGGGGCGAAGACCCGGGUGUCUGGGAAGACAUGCCGGCGGUUUCGCGUCUUCGUUGUAAUACUGGGUACUAAACAGCUUCAUCUAUCUCCUGAUCUUGGGCUUGAUAUCUCACCUUGCUUCCCGCCUUACUUCUAGCUAGUUUGUGUUUCGGCUUUCCUUGUCUGCAUACGCUAGCAAAAUAGGCCGCCUCAUACCACAGCUGUCGGAGGGUAAAGGGUUCCUGAAAGGAUAGGAGACCACACCUAAGAAAUUGAGUGCAACUGACCUGUAGUUUGAAUAAAGUAUCACCCCUCUCUUCA